GGAACAGGAGACAUCAUCGACUCACAAGUUCAACAGAGUCAAGAGUUCCGAUGACGUCCAGGUCUCGGAAGAGUCAGCAGGAUCCUGCGAUUCCUCGAGGGUCACAAUACAUUGAUGGCCAACUAAUUCACACAGCGACGAAACAAAAGUUGUUCUUCAACACACAUGUCUGCACUGUGUAUAGACAUAUUUUAAAUGCGAACGAACGAUUCGUCAAGCUGAAAGCCGAACAAAUUAUGUCCAAGCACAUGAAAAAGAGACAAGCUCACGGAAUCGCAAACAUACUGGAAGACCGGUUUACCAUUGAGCGACACAAAACUGGAGGAAAGGACCCUUUUCGACCAUAUUUGUACUAUCGUGAAAUUGAAGACAUUCAAAGAAGCAAGCGAAAGCCGAAGUACUUCGUUCUCAGCAUACAAUCCGAGAUUAGUGGAAAGAAGUACUAUGAGGUGUACAAAUGUAAACUGGAUGCCGAUGCGGCCAAAUUUGAAAAAUACAUCAGGCAAGCGAUGGAGGAUGAGGAAAAGAAGGUCCGAGACACUUCAUAUCUUGCUGUAGUCCCGGUUGCUCAGCCGGUAGAUAAUCGACGCUCCAUACUAAAUCUUGAUUUUCUUGUGGGUGACACCUCAGACGAAGAAGACGAGGAGCACGAGGAUGAUGACGACCGGGAAGAGGAAAAAAGGGACGAACCAGCGGUAGUAGAAAUGGAAGAAGUAAAGCAAGUAGCUCAACAACCGAGCCCGUAUCCUCCUAUCGAAGUAGAACGACAGACCGUAAUACCUGUGGCAGCAUCCGCGGAAUCACGAUUGAUCGCGCCAUCACCAGUUUACGCUCCAUCAUUUCUUGAAAUGGAGCAUAUAACCUACAUAUUCUACGAAUGUACAUCUGGUAGACCCAUAAUCAACGAUGUUGGACCAUUCUAUAUGUAUUGCGUCCGUCGGGAAAGCGAAUACAGUCGACACUCGACUGACUUGAACGAUAACACUGCUUUAACUGAUUUCGAAACAUAUGACGCGGGGUACGGAUCAGACAAGUAUUAUUACUGAACAGCAAGAACAUAAAUCAUGUGCAGAGAUAGAAGAAUUUCUUAUCCAGCAUCGACUGUUAUAACUGUGAAAAGCUACGUUUAUGCCUUCCCGUAUCUUGUAUGAUUUAUUUGGAGAUAACCGACAAUUAAAAACUAUUUCAUGUAGGUCUUCUGCAAAAUUGUGAUACUUGUUUAGUAAGCA